GUGCCGCUGAGCGCGAUGAGGUGGCCGCGCUGGCCCCGCCGCCAUCUUGUUUGUUUGUGCCCGGGUCUCCAGGCGGUUGUGACCGAAUCGCCCGUUGCUCCGCGGCCCAGUAAGCGAGGCUGGGGGUUGGCCCCUUGCCAGGUAGAGGUCAUGUCCUGCGACAAAGAUGAAGGAAUGAGAUAGACUUUAUAUUUUCCGCACAAAACCUGUUGAAAGAUUGGGCUACCAGUUCAAUGUCAGCUGCACUCCUAAGAGCCUGAGAAGCAAGCACUGAGCAAGACAUCAGUGGAGUUUGGAACAGCUCUUCGCUGGAGAUAUUUGGUCCUGGAGGCUGGUCCUCUGGCCUGUACACCUGCAGCCAGCGUAGCCAGGCCUAUGCGCUGUGCUCCAUGUCUCCUCUGAGUUGUGGCUCUGUAACGCAAUGUGCCUUUUGGACAUCAUGGAAGUGGGGAAAUAUAGUAACAACACAGUUCCAGAGAGAAGCAAAGGAGUUCUCUUGGAGCCCUUCAUCCAUCAGGUUGGCGGGCAUACCAGUAUGAUGCGCUAUGAUGAUCAUACAGUUUGUAAGCCCCUCAUCAGUCGGGAACAGAGGUUCUAUGAGUCCCUGCCACCAGAAAUGAAAGAAUUUACUCCUGAAUACAAAGGUGUUGUGUCAGUAUGUUUCGAAGGAGGUCGUGAUGGUUACAUUAACUUAGUCGCAUACCCAUACGAGGAAAGUGAAACUUUGGAGCAGGAAGAGGUUCAAGAAAGAGAACAGCCCCGCAGGAAGCAUUCCCGGAGAAGCCUUUACCGGUCAGCUAGUAGCAGUGAGCAUCUGAUCCAGAUAGCGAAUUCUGACUCCACAGAGAGCCCUCAGGAACUGAAGAGUUCAAGGAUGGAGUUACAGAUUUCGUCUGACAUUCCCUUCCAAAUGCUGGAUAGCAACAGUGCACUGAUUUCAGAGAAGAUCAGCUUCAAUCCCUGGAGUUUACGCUGCCACAAACAGCAGCUGAGUCGGAUGCGCUCUGAAUCACAGGAUCGGAAACUUUACAAGUUUCUCCUCCUGGAGAAUGUGGUUCAUCACUUUGGAUAUCCUUGUAUUCUGGAUCUAAAGAUGGGGACCAGGCAGCAUGGAGAUGAUGCAUCUGAGGAAAAAGCAGCACGACAAAUAAAAAAGUGUGAGCUGAGCACAUCAGGGGCACUGGGUGUACGUGUCUGUGGGAUGCAGGUGUAUCAGUUAGACUCGGGGCACUAUGUAUGCAGGAACAAGUACUACGGCCGAAGUCUUUCCAUUGAAGGGUUUGGGCAAGCUCUGUAUGAGUUCCUGCACAAUGGCAGGUAUCUGCGAAAAGACUUAUUUGAUGCAAUACUGCAGAAACUUCGAAGUCUCAAGGGGGUUCUAGAGAAGCAGGCUUCUUACCGCUUCUACUCCAGCUCCUUGCUGAUCAUCUACGAUGGAAAGGAGAAAAAGUUGGAAUUGCGACAGAACUCUGCAGAGACAUUGAGCCAGGGCAACCUGCAGGAUAGCAUCAGUUCCUUGCCAUCUUCAUCUUCCUCCAUGAGCAACACUGAGAACCUGCCAAAUAUUGACUUGAGGAUGAUUGACUUUGCCCACAGUACGUACAAAGGGUUCCGGGAUGACCUAACUGUGCAUGACGGGCCAGACAGAGGCUACAUCUUUGGACUAGAGAACCUCAUUAAUAUCCUAGAAAAGAUUCAACUUCAGAAUCAGUAGCAUAUUCAAAACUCUUCCUAUUUCUUUCCAUAUUACUCCAGGGAGGGGUGCGAACUUCUCUCUUUCAAGCACAUGCUUAUAACUGCUCACUUUGAUGCUCAUCACAGCAAUGACAUCACAGAAAAAAAUUGCUGUCAAUUUCUGGCAGAUUAUUAGACAAAAAAGUUUGUUGUUUGAACUGUUUGUUAUACCCCCAGUGUGUAUAUAUAUAACUGUUAUAUAGUCACGUGGAGCAGCACUGCCUGUACUGACACUGGUGCAAUGAAGCAAUGCCAUUCACUUACUGAGUCCUGCACUAGAGUGGAAAUUGCCAGUGUGAGGGCAGCCACUUGGUACCAAAGCAGCAAGCAAGCUAGGUAAUUCCUUCACUGUUCCCAAAGACUGAGGCUGCAUGAAUAGCUGUACAUUUGUAAAUGUUGGGUCAAAUUUCCUCAUUUACGACCACCUGAAUGUGAGUAAAGAACUCCAUAAUCUAACACUCAGGUUCUUUAGCUGACAGGUGUGCGCAGGUUUGUUUUAACUUUCACUUUUUCCCUUCAAUAUUAUUCUCUUCUGUACUUUGCCAGGUUAAUCUCUUAUUGUGCCAGCAAUUUAAUGCACAGAGCCUAUGGCUCACCUGAUUUUUGGAAGGCUGUUGCAUGUUCUACAGAAGGGAGAUUAGACUAGCGUUCCAAGAGUUGGAUCACGGACCAACAUUGUUUUACUGCUGAGGACUGUGUGCCACAAUGUCGGAGCUUCUCAGUGGCAAUAGAUAUGAGUAUCUUGAUGCAAGAGAUUUUUGCGGACUAGCACAAACUUGUUGAUAUUGUUUAAGUAAGCAGGCAAGUAGAAAGCUAAGUGCUGUUGCAGGCUUCCCAUGAACGUUAUUGGAAGUGUCAUAAGUGUAGAAAUACUUCCCAUUGUUCAUACCCCUAUCAUUUGGCUUUCACCUGUUAUUUGUAGCUGCAUAUAUACAUUUUGCUGUUUCUGGGGAGAAAUUUCGUGUUUUGUAGAAAAGCACAUUGCCCUGUAUUCCUCUUAAUAUAAAGCACUUAUGUGGCCA